GUUGUUGCUUUUAAUUCAGAGCACUCUGCAUUAACCAAAGUGAAGCUUAAGGCUCUGGGGAGUUAGAUGAGUGGAAGUUGCAGAAAGCUAUCUUCAAAGUGGGAUUCAGGAGAUGAAUCUGAAUUUGCAUCUGAGAGUGUUACUAAUAGCAAUAAUUCAAGGCGGCCCUAUUUGGCAAGUAAUGAUAUGAUAAAACCCAGAAUGGAAUUUUUAAGCAAGGAACCUUUUUCUGGAGGCAGAGGUUCAAAUAGGGAUGAUGUUAGGAAUGAAGACUACAGAGUUUUUGAUGCAACAAUUGCGCAGGGCACUGAUGGAAGUUACGAUAUGGACAUUUCUCCAGGGUUUGAGGAAUGGAAAAAUAGGAAGCAUGGUCAGUCUGCAAAAGAUGAUUACGGCAGUGCCAUGUCUAGGAGAAGUAGGAGUCAUAGCCGGAGCCCUCCGCGUGGUUUUAAGUACUCAGCUGUUGACGAAAGGAACAGAACAAGGGCUGGCAGAACGGCACAACCUUGUAGAGAUUUUGCUGUUGGGAACUGCAGAAGAGGCAGCCAUUGUCAUUUCCUUCAUCACGAUAAUCAAAGUUAUGAGGAUAGCAGGGAAAGUAGACACAGGCAAGAUGGGCCUAGAUAUUCUAAUUCCCGGGAGAGUGGGGAUUAUUCUCUUGCAAGUCAAAGAUCUAACGAAGCUUGUAUUAAUUUCGCAAAGGGAAGGUGUAGAACGGGAGAAUCAUGCAAGUAUGUGCAUCAUGGCAAUUCUGAUGGGUUUGACAACAAAGUUUCAGCAGAUGAAUCAUCUAGGCAAAGGGAAAUUGAUAGAAGACGCUCAGAUAAUUCAUUCAAGCAGGGUGGGCAGCAUUAUCCAAACCACAGUGGUAACACUCCUUGCAAAUUUUUUGCUUUUGGGAAUUGCCGGAAUGGUAAAGAUUGUAGGUUUUCUCAUGAUAGGCAAGCAUUUACGAGCCCUAUUGGAAGAUUAAGGGAUGAUAGGUCAAGGAGUAAUCAAGGUGAAGAUCAGGUGUUGGGCAGACCAAAAAUAAGCGAUUCAGUAAUUCCUAAUGGAAGGCCAAGAGAUGAUAGAUGGGGUUCAGAUGGCAGCAUGGCUGAUGUUGGUAAAGUUUGGGAUGGUCCAAAGCAGAAUGAUUUAGUUGCUGUCUCUGAUACUGCAAAGAUGGUUGAGGACAACAAAAAUGGAAUAAUAGGCGCCGCAGAACCUGGAUUUAUUGCUUGGCCAAUGAGUGAUAGACGGGACCAUAGCUUUGACAAGAACAUAGUGCAUAAUGAAUCACCAUUUUCAAUUGAUAAGAAGGAAGGCAACUGUUCGAAAGCAGAAAAUGCAACUGACAACAUUCUCAUUUCCCAGUCAGUAGGUGGAGGCAUUUGGCCCGGUGACGAAACAAUGUCACCUGAUUGGAAUUAUGGUGCGAGAUCUUCCAGCCAUGUUAACGAUGAACAUGGGCAGAAUAAGCAACAAGUUGCUCCAGGACAAGGACUAAUUCAGAAUUCUCAAAAUAUAUCUGCUUCCCAGGUGGUGGGACAGAGUCAAACAACAGUUUCCAUUGUUACUCCAAGAGCAAGAAUUAUUGAAAGUAUACAGAACCAGGAACACUCCACUGAGAAAAAUUACAUUGUAGAACCAAAUACCAUGAAUGCAAGCCUUUCACAAAUUAGUUCAAGAAAUACUCCAACUCAGAACGUAGUCAGCAAAGAACAGCUUGCUCAACUUAGCUGCCUCUCAGCAUCUCUCGCACAUAUCCUCGGAACAGAUCAGAAGCUCCCUCAACUUCAUUCUACAUCAAAUUCUUAUGACGCAAAGGACACUCUCUUUGGAAGCAAAAUUGAAGGGUCUGGUGAUCCUGUUUCCUUGACAUUCAUCAAGCCAGAUCCUGCUAUUGGAUUGAAGCAGUAUGAUACAAUGUGUGAUAGUAUGGGGCCCAAGAAUACUAAUGCAAGUGUGGUCCCUCCAACCUUUUCUCCUAUAAAGAUUCCAAAAAAUGCGGUUGAGAUUCCACCACAGUUAUCAAACCUGGGACAAAGUUUUGAUGAUUCUCGUAAAACUGCCAUUUCAGAAGAACCACAUGUAAAAAAUGAACAUUUAUUUCAUUUACAGCUAUGUGAAAACAUUAAGGUACAAAAUGAGACUAGCAAAAUCGUAGCUGAAGAAAAGCCAAGCUCUCAGUCUGAAAAUAAAAUUACUAAAGAGAAUAGUCCUUUGGGAAACAUGGACCAAAAUGUUGGACCUGAGGACGCCAAGAAAACAAAGGAUGCGAAGGGGACUCGUGCAUUUAAAAUUUCAUUGGUAGAGCUCAUUAAAGAGCUUCUGAAACCAACAUGGAAAGAUGGGAAAAUCACCAAAGAAGAUUAUAAAGCAAUUGUGAAGAAGGUUACUGAUAAAGUGACUGGCACGGUACAGCGGGUACAUAUUCCUCAGACACAAGAGAAAAUUGACCGUUAUUUAUCAGUUUCGAAACCAAAGCUUAUCAAACUUGUACAGGCAUAUGUGGAAAAGGCUCAGAAGGCGUAGUGCAAGUGUAGAAAUUUGGUUAUGUAUACUCUUGAAUGAAAUAUAAGCAAAAAGGACAGUUGAAAGGUUGAUGUAUUUGAUUAAAAAUGUAGUUCAAAUUCAUCAAUUUUUCAACUACUAUUUUUGCUUAUAUUUCAUUAUGUUUACUAUUACUACUAUAUUUUGUUACAUUACCAUUUUCGUUGGGUAUUUAUUUAUGUUGUUGCAAUAAGUUUUCUGUCAUGCUCUUUAGAUCAGUAGAUGUAUAAUUGAGUAAAAUCAAGCAGCUCAUGUGUAAAUAUAAACUCAGGGCUGUUUGUUGUCUAUCAUUUUUUUUUUCUAGGAAGAAUUUUAAGUGUAGUGUUGUUCUAACAUUAGUUUGCAACCAACAUUAGACAAAUGUUAUUUUUUAUUUUACCUGUUUUAUGUAAUUGAAGGAAGAGAUGUCCUUUUUCUCUUUGAAAUAGUGCGAAAGAGACGGCAAUUUUGGGUUUCUGUGUUCUGCUACAGAAAUCUUUCCUAUGUUAACUCAAA